AGGAGUAGAGUUAAACCCCAUUUCAUCCCAUCCCAUUCCGUUGCGAAAUUUUUGCGAGCUCGCGACGCGAACCCCCUACGCCGCAGCCGCAGGCUUCCUCUUCAUCUCCUCCUCCUCCAGACCUCCACGCGAGCGUGCCCCGGGGUGGAAGCGGAGGCGGCGGCGGCUCGAGCGCAAUCUGGUGGCGUGGGGGCGCGUCACGAUGGCGGCGGCGCUGGCGAGGCGUGGCGGUGGGGGGCUGGCGCGCGCCCUGGCGCGGGGGAGGGGGAUGUGCUCGGCCACGGCGGCGGAGCGCGCCGCCGGGGCGGCGCUGACGUCCGAGGAGCUCAUGCGGAUGGAGCGCGAGCGCAGCGCGCACAACUACCAUCCAAUUCCGGUGGUGUUCUCCAAGGGAGAAGGUUCACAUAUAUUGGAUCCUGAAGGCAACAAAUACAUUGAUUUCCUGUCUGCUUAUUCUGCAGUCAAUCAGGGCCAUUGCCAUCCAAAAGUCCUGAGAGCGUUGAAAGAGCAGGCAGAAAGGCUCACACUGAGUUCUAGAGCUUUCUACAAUGACAAAUUCCCAAUCUUUGCAGAAUACCUGACAAGCAUGUUUGGGUAUGAAAUGAUGUUGCCGAUGAAUACUGGAGCUGAAGGAGUGGAAACAGCUAUCAAAUUGGUGAGGAAAUGGGGUUAUGAGAAGAAAAAGAUACCAAAAAAUGAGGCUUUGAUUGUCUCUUGCUGUGGAUGUUUUCAUGGUCGGACAUUAGGUGUCAUCUCUAUGAGUUGUGAUAAUGAUGCAACUCGUGGUUUUGGCCCAUUGGUUCCUGGCCAUCUUAAAGUUGAUUUUGGAGACACUGAUGGGUUGGAGAAAAUCUUUAAAGAUCAUGGCGAGAGGAUAUGUGGUUUUUUGUUUGAACCAAUCCAAGGAGAAGCUGGGGUAAUAAUCCCACCAGAUGGCUAUUUGAAAGCUGUCAGAGAUUUGUGUUCAAGGCACAACAUUCUGAUGAUUGCAGAUGAGAUCCAAACAGGCAUAGCUAGAACUGGCAAAAUGCUGGCAUGCGAUUGGGAAAACAUACGACCUGAUGUGGUGAUUCUAGGCAAGGCCCUUGGUGCUGGAGUAGUUCCUGUCAGUGCGGUUCUUGCAGAUAAGGAUAUUAUGCUGUGUAUCAAACCAGGAGAACAUGGAAGUACAUUUGGUGGGAACCCAUUGGCAAGUGCUGUGGCAGUUGCAUCACUGAAAGUAGUUACAGAUGAAGGUCUCGUUGAAAGGGCUGCAAAGUUAGGACAAGAGUUCAGAGAUCAGCUACAGAAGGUUCAACAGAGAUUCCCGCAAAUCAUAAGGGAAGUACGUGGGAGGGGUUUGCUUAAUGCAGUGGAUCUAAGCAACGAAGCUUUAUCCCCUGCUUCUGCUUACGACAUCUGCAUCAAGCUGAAGGAGAGAGGCGUUCUGGCAAAGCCCACACAUGACACCAUAAUCAGAUUAGCGCCUCCGCUGUCAAUCAGUCCUGAGGAGCUUGCAGAAGCAUCGAAGGCGUUCAGCGAUGUGCUUGAGCAUGACCUGCCACAGCUGCAGAAGCAGAUCAAGAAGACAGAAUCCGCGGCAGAAAAACAAUCCUGUGACAGAUGCGGCAGAGACUUGUACUGAUGAGUGAUAGACGAGACAAUGAAACGUUUCCAGAGGCACCCGUUUCGCCCAAAUAAAAUAGCAGAACACACCUCGCGAAUUCAUAGCUCAUUGUAGUAGUAGAGUAGGAUAUAUACACCUCCUUGUUGCGAUGUCUGGGACAUAUGGUCCAGGGAUUUGUCGCCUAAUCGAGCUGGUUGCAAACAAAUGGGGUAGCAUUAUUCUAGUCUAUCAUAUCAUGCAGAA